AUGAUUUUGACAAACACAAUCUUGCUUCUACAAGUGUUACUGAUGCAAUUCGUCUGGAGUGAAAGUCAGAAAUCAGUGAACCCGUUGCAGAGAAGAUAUAUGAGUGACUCAGACGCCGUAUGUAAUGAUAAUUCCAGAGCAACUUUCUUUAUCGGAGUUCAGUCGAGUAACAAAUGGAUUCUGUUCUUUGAAAGCGGAGGGUUUUGUGCUUCGUUGGUGGACUGCAAUAAGCGGUACUUGAAUGAAAACUCGACGGUGUUAAUGACUUCGACAUUGAUGCCCAAGGAAGUAAUUGGAAGGGAUUUGUUAUCCUCAUCUCAAACUGAAAAUCCGUCUUUUUAUAAUUAUCGUCAUGUUCUUGUACCGUAUUGCAGCAGCGACUUAUGGCUGGGACAGAGGACAAAUCCAAAGGAACCGUUCCGUUUCAUCAACGAUUCCUCUGUUGAUAAUUUCAGCUUUAGAGGUCAAACGAUUUUCCGUACUCUCUUCACGGAUUUACUUAGGGAAUACAAUCUCCGAGAAGCGGAGGAAAUUGUCCUUUCUGGUAGCAGUGCUGGGGGAAUCGGUGUUCUAAAUCACGCAGGCUGGGUCUUGGACCACGUGAUUAAAGCUCAAGGUUUAAAUGCUAAAUUAAAAAGUAUUGUCGACUCGGGAUGGUUCAUAAACUUUCAGGACACUUUGGAAGCCAAAGUUAGACCCAGAUUUAUGUCAUUUGCGAACAUUACAUCGGCAGCUUGUCAAGAUACAUCACGCGACUACAUUUGCUGCCCUUCGGCAUCGUGUAUGAUAGCGCGCGGGUAUUAUCCCUCGGACGUCCCGUUACUUAUAGUCUCGAGCAUAUACGACCUUUUUAUGCUUGGGGAUGUUUUUAGUGCACAAGACACACAAGAAAAUACUGCAACAGAUAACUCUGCAGAUUAUUUAACCCUCGUUAGUAUGUAUGGUGGGGCAAUGAAUGAAUCUAUCAGUCUGAUAGGAACUCAAGCUUCAAAUGUGAGCAUUUUUGCGCCGGCCUGCUUUCAGCACAUUUAUCUGUCCACAUCAAGUUUGUGGGAAGAGGGAGGUGUUUUGCCACCUUCCGCUGAAGUUGGACGCGGCCCGGCCAAGUACAGGUAAGGCUAGUGUGAAUGAAAGUUAAAUUUAAAUGAUUGUUUGUAUCGUGGAAACGAAUAGAUCAUUUUGUUCAGAUGACUUAGAUAUUGUUCGAAAAAAUUCCUCUAUUUAUUUAAAGUAUGCAGCACUAUUGUUGUUGCUGUAGAUCCCCAUAAUAACUAGGAUUGUUAUAUAGCUGGAAACUUUUUCCUAACAGCGCACGCUCUCUGGUUAUUUCGAAGUCACUUUAAAGUUUUACGUGCCAGUCUAAAGUAAUACGUGCCAGUGUGCAAGACUGAUCGUUUUAAAAAAUCUUUUAUUGUUAGCCAUGGCUUAAGAAUGUAAAUAAAUUUGUUUAAGUAUGUAUAUUUUCCUAACACAAGGUUACCCUAAGUGAUAUGUUUUUAUUAGAUUUGUACAUUUCUAUUAUUAUAGUUUUUUAAAUCCAUUUUAACUAUAACUUGUAUAUUAUACACGUAAUUCAGUCUUCGGACUGCGAGGUGUUUCUUUUUUAAUAAACGAUUUAUCUCAUCUCUCUCACAUCUAACAAUGAGACUGUUUUCCGCCAAAAUCGCUGAGCGGCCAACAUUGCAAAAUCUAUGACGUCGGAGGGUAACAGUUCACUGUUACCCGUGAAUGUUGACCAACGACCACAGUUAUAGCGAGGUUUAAUGAAUUUCCAGCUUCAAAAUUUGCAGCUAUAUAACAAAUCACUUAAAGACUGGUCCCUCGGGAAACAGUUAAUUUUGUUUCCCUCGUAGGAACAUCGAGAUUCUGGGGAAACAAAAUAAACUGUUUACCGAGGGAUCAGCCAUCAAGAAAUGGUCGAUUGUACCGGGUCCAAUUCACCAAAAUAAUAGCCUUUUGUCCUAGGUGAUGCUGCUAAAAAAGGACCGAACAGUCUGUGGAUGAUCGUUUAAUCUUCGGCGUGACAAAUCUGUAAUACUAGGGGGGAGAAGAGAGGUUUUUUUGCCUUGAAGCGAUGCUCUUGAUCGGAUCGUGCUUUUAUACUGAGCCCUCUGAACAAAAAAAUAUGAUUUCAGAAAUACCUUACAGAGAACGUUCUUAAACCGUUAUUAAAACAAACUUAUUAUUUGCGCGUCCUACAUUCAAAGUUGUGAUCUUUGAAUGUAAUCCAUACCUUUUUCUAAGAUUAAACGACUUUCGUUCUUAUUCUCACCUAAGCGGCCCAGAAUACGUUUUCACAAUCUUUGUAAUCCACAAACUUUUCCCGCUGAAAAAUUAUUCCACUUUUUUGUGUGCGCAGCUUUAUUCUCCCGAGAAAAGAAAAGAAAAAAAAUUUUAGUCUUUAGUUUACUUUUACGAUCAUUCCGAAACGUUAAGAACGAUAUGCUUUGUUAUCCUGUGGGCGGAACUUCACGAAGGUGAGAUUUUUGAGAUCAUUGUUGUUCGCUUGUUGUUGUUAGUAUUGGCGAGGGCAAUGAACUCUUGAUCAAUUCCUCUCUAUAAAAAAAUGAACAUGCGAGUUCGACGACAGAUAAAACAUUUGCAGAAAAAUGAGACACACAUGGUUAGCUGUUUUAGAGUUGAAUGAGAUGUGUGACCUUGUUGUCUAUUGUUUUUGUGUGGCCUUUAAUAUUCCAUUGCCGGUAAGCACGCAAAAAGAAGAAUAUUGCUAGAAGAGUUAUAAAACAAUUCCAAAGUUAAGCCAAGUUUUCAUGACGAAAACGACUUACGCUGAAGAGGAUUAGAACGUGCACGCGCGCGGAUAAAACAAGGCACGAACAGGGCACGCUUUUUCACAUAGCUGAAAGGGAUGUGAGACUUUUUAUUCAUCUCUUUGUCAGACAAUUGAAGCAUAGAAUUUAAAUGCUUUUUUAUGACGCUGUGAGUAGCAAGGAAGCCAUGCGAAGCGAAAUCAAAAGCGACAAUAUGCCCCGCACUUUUCGAUGAAACAAAUUGUAGAGUCUUAAAUGAAAGAUUUUUUUCCCCGGGUAGCCGUGUGCGAAUUUAUUCAAAUGAAUCGACGAAGCGCUAGUUUUGAAUGCUGAGUUUACCACUUUGAACUUAAUAACCCACUGAGUGCGUGUAUUAGUUAUUCAAAUAAAUCAAUGAAGCGCGAGCGAGAUUUGAAAGCUGAACUAGUUGAACAGGAUGUGUGACUUUGUCGUCUAUUGUUUUUGUUUGCCCUUUAAUAUCCCAUUGCCGGUAAGCACGCGAAAAGAUAAAUAUUGCUAGAAGAGUUAUAGAACAAUUCGAAAGCUGAGCCAAGUUUUCGUGACGAAAACGCCUUUACGCAGAAGUAGGAUUAGAACGUGUACGCGCGCGGCUAAAACAAGGCACGAACAGGGCACGCUUUAGUUCAAUAGCUGAAUGGGAUGUGAGCCUUUUUAUUCAUUCUGUUUGUCAGAAAACUGAAGCACAGAAUUUCAAUGCUUUUUUGAUAACGCUGUGAAAAGCAAGGAAGCCUUGCGAAGCGAAAUCAAAAGCGACAGUAUAUCCCGCUCUUUUCGAUGAAACAGUUUGUAGGAGACUGAAAUGAAAGAUUUUUUUCUCCUGGUAGCUGUGUGCGAAUUUAUUCAAAUGAAUCGACGAAGCACGAGUUUUGAAUGCUAAGUUUACCACUUUGAACUUAAUAACCCAAUGAGUGCGCCAUUAGUUAUUCAAAUGAAUCAAUGAAGAGCGAGAUUUGAAAGCUGAAUUUAAAAACUUGUAAAAAAAUCUUUGAAUGCAGUCUGAACAAUAUUCGCAAAGGGCCUUAAACAACCUUUGCAAUUGUGUAACCGAACCGAUAGGGUGACGAUAGUAUUUUUGUCCCUCUCCCUCUGAGUGAGUUUCUCUCAGAGGCAAAUGUAAUGCACCUAUCAAUGUAAAGCCGGAGGGGGGGGGGGCAGGGCAUGGGGUGGGGACUUGAUUGUCUUUGUUGUCCCUGGGGUAGGGCAUUUGACUGAUCUUGUUCUCCCGGGGGAGGGGAUAUUUGAAUCUUUCUUCGCCCGACGUGGAGAUAUUUGACUGCCGACUCGGACGAAAAAGACUGAUACCGAAUAUGUUUCCCGCUUCCACGCUUCACGCAUGCACCAUACGGUUUGAGAAGAUCAGGAAGUCAUGGAGGCCAAAGAGAACAAGCGAAGGCUGAGUGGAUUUCACUGUUUUGUAUUUAAAUUUCGUUUGUUUUAGCGUGUUUUGAUCAAUUGAACCUCUUAAAAUACUGUGGUAUCAAAGUAAACGGAAGUAAAGAGAAACUAAGUCGAUUUUGCAAGUACAAUUGAUUAGUGUAUCCAUGGCUCAUUCGCUACAAUCACUGUAAACUUAUAAAACUGACUUUCUUUGUACCUUUUACUAAGAACAGUAUAUUUAGACUUACAAAAUGUGGACUUUCUCCGAAAGGUUUAUGUAUUCUACGCAGUGUAACACGGAUUAUGGUUAAAACGUAUAAAUGCAGCUGUAACAGGAACAUGCAUCUUUGUUAAUGCAGCAAAGUUUAUAAAAGAUUGCAGAGUUUUAUUUGGAGAUAUUUUUAUUGUGCCUUUCUUAGGUUCUGCCUUGGGAUUGACAGCAAUGUGCAGCCUGGGGUGGGGAAAUUUGGUUGCAUUUGACUGACAUGAUUGCAAAUUUUUGAAAAAAGUCAAAUCCCCACCCUAUGCCCUGCCCCCGCCGGCAUUACAUUGAUAGGUGCAUAACCCUUACCCUCCCCCCGAUCAAUACUGUUCACUCCUUGACACUCGCCGAAGUUUCAAAUUUACCGCCUCAGUAGUCAUCGGAAUUUUGCAUGUGUACAGACGCCAUUGUUUAAGUCAUUUCAAAAAUGACCGAAUAUGGCCAAUUUUACAACAGAAAACAAUACCUAUUGUUUUCGAAUUGGACCCGCUGAUUCGCCAUGUUAACUUUGGCAUGUGUGGACGAAACCCUAUGAUAAUACCAUUCUAAUAAAACCUCUCUGGCAAGACUUUUGCAUCCCACUUAUUCUUUCUCAGUAUUUUGCAAAAGUAAAUUUGAAUUUUGGGGGGAAAUUUGUUGCUGAAUGGCAGCUACUAGGAGUGAAGGGUUCAAAAUGAACUAGCCACGCCAACAAAGGAAGACAGAUUCUGGUAUCUUUGAGGGCUCCGACGAACACCUCCGUUAUUUUUAUGUUUAAAUGACGUAGUUUUAAUUGGCGUCUCUCAUCGAUCUUUUUUCUGUUUUCAAUGCUCAAUUAUCUCGCUUUGCACAAAUUUAAUCCAGGGACCUUCUCUCCGCCGCUAACUGGUUUCUAUGGUGCCUCGCGAGAAAUCAUGUGAAUGACCAUGAACGGAAAUCACUUCACUACUUCCUUUUCCUAUCGGACGCAUUUCUAAUCUGUAAUUACCCUUGGACCAGACCAAAUCUUGGCUCAAUUGUACUACUAUUUAUACGUAUGUUUAUUCCUCUGUUAGCCAUAAGAUACAGAGUGGAACGUGGGAAUCGACAAAGAUCCAAACGAAAGCUUACAGCAGCAACAUCAAAGACUUCAUAGCAAAAUGGAUGCAGUCAAAUGGCUCUUCUAUGACUUUGAUUGACAGCUGUGUUGGAGCGCACUGCAACCCAACUUGUCCUGGGCAAUUUUUGUUUGCAGACCCCGCGGCAAUUUGGAAACAGUCAGUUCAAACUACUAUUCUUUUACUUUCCUUGGUGAUUACAAUUGUAAGCUUGGGAUAUAAAGCCACCUUCUUCUUACAGCAUUACUACUUGAACAGGAAACAAAGGCAUUACCUUAAUGAGUUUGCAAGUUCUCCAGUUACAAGGGAGGUGGGUAAAACUCUACUCGAUAUAUUUCUUUAUCACGCAUUGGAGCGCUUCAGUACAAAGGCUUUUCUGUUAACCUCCAUGUAGCCUUAUGUAAGGCAAUCCAAUACAGCCGUAAAUGCUGGAUUCCACGCUGUGGAUUCCAGAAUCCAGGUACUGGAUCCCAGAUUUGUUUUCAGUGGAACUUGGAUUCCGGAUUUCAAUCGUUAGCGGGUUUCCAGAUUCCUUGGGCUGAAUUCCGGUUCCACAGCCCAGGAUUCCAGAAUCCAAUAGAAAACGUUUCCCGGAUUCCUGAAUCCGGAUUAUCGUAAAUCCUCUAUUAAGCUCCCCCCCGGGGGGCUUAUUUAUUUCAAGCCCAUUUGAGGGGGAGCUUAAUAGAAACGGGGGGCUUAUUUAAUUUAGAAACGACGAUGGUAUCAGUUCUCCAUAAAGAACUAGAAUACAAAAUGGAAAAGCUCAAGCACAAGAAGGUUGGAGGUCACGCAGCCGAGGAUCAGAAUCAAAUCCGAACUUCCAGUUGGUAAAUAAAUCCACCCCGGAUCAGUCCACACGUUUUACAGUCGUGAUUGAUUAAGACCGAUUUAUCAUUUAUUAAUUAAGAAUAAUUAGAGGAGGGAAGGGGAAUAGAGAGGGGAGCUAAUUAACUUUCUUCCCCUGAAAAGGGGGUUCUUUUUAGAGGGAUGGGCCUUAUUUGAGACGGGGGGCUUAAUAGAGGAUUUAUGGUAACUUACGUGGAAUGAUUCCAUAAAACACAGUCGAUUAUUCAUGUCUUUCAGCUUCCACCAUGUGCACCCCAUGAAAUGACCAGUAUCGCCUGCCUUUUCCUAAGUUACUCAGUUAAUGUUGCGCAUCAGAAACCAACUAAAGACAAAGGUGAGAGAAAACCACUUGCAGUUGUAACCAUUCCUCCUAAAACGAGGGCUAGUUAAGGUAACUUGGAAACGACACCAUAUUUCAAAAUGGUGGUAAAAAUAUUUCCUUUAUAUCUUUGUCAAUUAGUCCUUUUUGCCUCUAUUGCCGAUCUGCAGAAUGAAAAAACAUUUUACCUUGAAGAGACGCAUUGAUGGAGUUAUGGCAGUGGAAAUUUGCUGUCGACAACAUCGUUAUUGAUAUUAAAAUUCGUAUUUCUUGAAAUCGACGAUAUUUAUAGCUCAAAACUUUGGCAUCCAUUGGAAUUCUAGUGCUUUUGCAGAUAGCUUGAUAUUCUCUAACUAACGGAAAUCAUCUAAGAUAAGCUUUCUAUCAAACAUAACUGCUAGGUCGUAGUACAGGACGUUACCGAAAUUUCGUGGCGUGAGAAUGAAUUAAACAUUUCCAGUUAAGGUCGACACGGCGUUUGAGUUUAGAAAAUAUAUUUCGGAUACUUCAGUAUCCAUCAUCAGCUCAAGGAUUACUACAAUUGAAAUAUUUCAAUAUAUUAAUGUUAAUAAUCUCCUUUGAUUAAUGUUCAUUUUGUUACUAAUACGGAUAUCAAUAAUAGGUGGACUUGGAUAAUACAGUUGAUAUUGAUGCUGAUGUUGAUAUUGAUUUUUAGGGGACAAGAAACUAGCAGCAAACAAAAGUGAGGCAGAUUCAAAUGAAGCAAAGACUGAAUGCCCCGUGAAUAUCAAACAACAUACGAUUUGUGAUAUUGAAGGUACUGGUGGCAGCGAAAACCACCCAGAGCCUCCCGUAUCUACUCAGGCUGUUAACUUAGGCUUUGUUACAAUUCCCGAGGAAAAACCGGUUAAUCCUCACAAAACUAUUCGUUUCAGCGAAAGCGAAACAGAUUUUGAAGAAUUUCACAAGGCAGACGGUCUCAGCACGGGAAAAGAGAGGAGAAAUAGUUUACAGACUGCCUGGAGAAAACUUUCCGAUUCCGCUUAUGUUGAAAUAGACCAAGGCAAUCCCCGGGAAAAGAAAAUUCUUGACAAUGUUUCAGUUUACUUUAAUCCUGGUGAACUGGUGGCAAUCAUGGGUCCAUCUGGUUCAGGGAAGACUACCCUUCUUGAUUUGCUCACAGGAAGGAGGACAAGCGGCCACAGCCGGGUACGUACGUAAUGAACCACAGUGAGACCUCUAUUCAAGGGACACCCUCGGGACCAGCGCAAGUGUCUCUUGAAAAGAGGAUGGCCUGGGGUUUGUUAAAGGGAACCUCCACUCUUACUACAGAAUAAGUUUAAAUCGAAUAAAAUUAUGUUGAUAAACAAAUUUGUUCGAAAUUUGUCUUUAAAAAAGUGUUUAUAUCGGGAAAAGUGAAUUUUAAAAUCGCUUAUUUUCACUUUCAAAUUUCGCGGGCGCCGCCAUCUUGAAUAAUUGUGACGUGUUACGGUUGCUCUAUUGUUCUGACACAAAGAGCUUUUGUUUAAUAACAAUAGGGCAACCAUUACACGUCACAAUUAUUCAAGAUGGCGACGCCCGCAAAAUUUGAAAACAAAAAUAGGCGAAUCUAAAAGUUAUUUCUUUCGGAUACAAACGCUUUCUUUAAAAAUAUUUUAGAUUGAUUUGACUGUAACAGUUAUUUCCUGUGAUUUAAAGUUAUCUUUUUGUUGAAGUGGAGGUUCCUUUAACGAAUCAUAGCUUGCUAACCAUUGCAUCUUGAUCACUGAGAUCUCAGUGCUCAAUUUAGUUUUAGUUCAAAUUGAUAGUCUGUGUCCCUGCUUAGUUAUUACUAAGUUUUACUCUGAGGUCUAAGAACUCAACGUAAUCUUAAGUACAUGUAGUCUGUGCAACGUUUAGCUCCUUCGGUAGAGAGUGAGGAAUAUCAGGGACAGGAAAAUGCCAAUUGUUUGCCGACUGAUUGAAGUAACCAGUUCGUCUGCACAUAGUUGUCGACAACUUUCUUUUUAUUUCUUGAGGCACUGACAAACCGACGUUCCUCAUUCCGUAUACCAACAGGGUAGUGUCUACAUUAACGGAGAGAGUCUGGGUGACGUACAAGACUGGUACGCCCGAAGGAUUGGUUACGUGUUACAGCUAGCUGUACCUUAUUACGAAGAACUCACUGUUCGACAGAAUGUGUUUUUCGCAGCGCACAUGAGGCUCCCUAAGAGAAUGAGCCACUCAAAAAAGUUUGAACGAGUAGAGCAGAUACUUGAAGAGGUAAGUUCUGAUUCGUUUGUUACAAGUGAAUCAGGUGACUCCAUACAACUCUGCGCAUUCAGAAGUGUCGACCUCUACGGCAUAACUAAAAAUCCUUUUCACUCACUGCAGUACACUCAUCAUCAAAAUCACCUUUACCUUAAGGGGUCUUUAAGGGUGUGGAUAGGGUAGGAUUCACGAUUAAAAUGUUGUAUUUUUCGCUGAAUGUCCUAGAAACAACUUACUAUAGGGACUGAAACGGUUAAUUUCUUUUCAGACAGGUCUUGUAUCCCUUGCCGAUACAGUUGUUGGUGGAUCUGUUGGUCCAGGACUCAGCGGGGGACAAAAACGUCGCCUGUGCGUUGCUCUGCAGAUGAUCAACCUGCCUUCUGUACUCUUUUUGGACGAGCCAACGUCAGGUAGUCUCAUUUGUAACGAAUAGAAAACGAAAUUUUCCUGUCUCCACCCAAAAUGUUCAAAUAUGAUGUAGAGAUGUAAAGACGGUUCUAAAAUUGCACGCUCUAUGAUUGUCAGAAUGGCUGAUCCAGAAGGGGCCUGGGGUCUAACCCUCUACCCCUACCCCCCACCCCCCACCCCCCCCCCCCCGCCACCUCUCUUAAUGAAGAUAUCAGAGCAUAGCAUUCACAGAAUGAUCGCAUUUAUCUGAUAGUCUAUAAACUAGGGCUAGCAAAGCACGUCACCUUUUAGCCAUAAACUUUCACGAGCAUAAUCAAGUUUGUCUCUAAUAUAAAGCAGGAGCGAAAAGUCCAUAUACGCACAUACGCCCGUGCGUGCAUGUACAUGCGUGUUUGGGUUAGUAUUUUCCGUAUCCUUUUAUUAUUCCACAAUUCUGACUGCUAGAGAUGAGUAGAAUAAACAACUAACUACUACAUUUUCCUGCUAAUUGAUUUAUUGAAAAUUUCCUACGGAAAACGCUGGAAAAGACCCUAACGUUAAGAUUUUUCUGGGGGAUGCCCUCAGACCCCCCUAGGUUGGGCCGCGUUCAGCGCUACACCUUUUCUUCCCCGCGAACGUACACCUUCAAAAUCUUACGCUUAGUCACGCCCCUAAACAAAAUGUGCUAAAACAUGAGAACCAUCCCCAGCAACCGCUCUUUCGUGAUAUGACUUUUAAAGUACUUUUUGUAGGUCUGGAUGCAUCCUCCUCUCUUGAGCUGCUACAGCAUUUGAACGUUGUAGCAGAAUCAGGCAGACUUAUUAUACUCACCAUUCAUCAACCCAGACUGGAAAUCUUCCAUCUCUUCCACAAGAUUCUUUUGUUGUGUGAUGGCCAGGUGAGUAACUGCUCGCCCCAUAUGGGUAACUGCUCGCCCCAUGUGGGUCGCCCCUCACCCCAUGUAAGGGAAUCCAACUUAUCCAAAACAGUCUUGGAUUCUGGAUUCCGCAUCGUGGAUUCCAGAUUCCAAGUGCUGUAAUCCAGAUUCUUUGCCAGUGGAACUUGGAUUGCGGAUUCCAAUCCUUAGUGGGAUUCCGGAUUCCUUGAGCUGUAUUCUGGAUCAAAAACCCAGGAUUCUGGUUUGCACAAGAAAAAUAGUUCCUGAUUCCAGAUCAAACAAGCAAAAUGUUCCCAGAUUCCGUAAUCCGGAUUCCCUUAUAUAGAGCGUAACUGUUGUGAUCAAAGUUGAUUCAUUCGUAGUUGACUUAUAUAUGGUUCAUGCCAUACAUCGGGAUUCACCUAGAUUAAUAUAGUUUUGUUGCCGAGUAGGACGAAGAAGAUCAAUAAAGAAGUUAGCUUCUAAAGAAAUUUUGGAGUUGCGUCGGCGGGCGAGUGUGAUGUAACGGAGUCGAUAAACCAUAACAAAGAGGACAAAGGGUAGUGCUCAAAACUUCAACUCCACCCCGCAGUCCAACUCCUUACCCUUUUACAUACCAUUUUUGACAGAAAAGGUACCCAUCUCAUAUACCUUCGAUUGACAAAUGGUACCCCUUUCAUAACCUAGUUUAAAACGCUGCAUCCCUUUUAACUGCCGUAAAUGUACUGUCUUUAAUAUAUGAUACAAUUAUAAAAUGCAUAUGUUAGGCAAUUUGGGCAUUUUUACCGCCCAAAAUAACAGAUUUCGCUAUCCUUUCAUAUACCUGAAGCCUACAAAAGGUACUCCUUUAAGGCGAAGCCUCCCCGUAUAGGCCGUUGUAAGGAGUACCCCCCCCCCUCCCCUCCUCCCCCCCCACCCCAAGCCUACGUUAUCAACUUCUUUGAUAAAAUCAAAUCUUUGGUUUACAACGUCGUUAUAUCGCUAUCCAUCCACUUGGUAAAUCUCUGUCCACUGGAUAACGCAAUUGGUUUCCUUAAUGCUUAUUCAUUGGACAGUGAUAUCCACUGGAUAGUGCUAUCCAACGUUUAAAUAACAAAGACCUGCUGUCUGAUUUUUGCGGACUGGUUCAAUAAUUGAAGUUAGCAACAGAGCUGAUCUAAAAAUAAACUUGUCCGUGAUCAACGCCAUGUCAGUAGUGAUAUCAAAGCAUACCCUUUAAAUAUUUCUUUUUUUUUUCAGGUAGCGUUUUAUGGCGAGCCCACUAACGUCCCGAGUCUCUUUGUUGAGGCAUAUUUGAAGUCAACAACAAAAGAAUUUCGGAUGAGUGAAAACGCUCCAAACAUUGAUGCGAAAAACCCAGCAGGUUGGUGUUACUUAAUAUAUCAGAUGGAAUCAAACCAUAGCCUGCGAAAACAGCCGUUUUUUCUCGCUCCGUUUCUCGCUCCUCGCCGUUGGGGACGUUUCGGCUGUUUUCGCACGCUAAUCAAACCACAACUAGGAAAACAUAUCUCAGAAAUUGGGCCCAGUUGACAUCUUUCUUUUUUUUCUUCUUUUAAUAUAUGUCCUCUGAGUAACGAAGUACCAGAGUGAUGUCCUUAUUGAUUAUAGGAGUGCUCAUACAAUAGUUGAACUAGAGCAAAAUACAAGUAGACUAAUGGAACUGGAUUAAAUCUUGAACUUUUAUUGCUACUCAGAGUUUCGUGAUUUCAUGCCUCUCGCGAAGCAAUCAUCAGGCAACUGCUAAAAGUAACGGUUACAUUCAAAGAUAUAAGGAUCGAAAACAGAACAAUAAAUACUAGGCGUGGCGCAUCAUACCGCUACUAAACACUGCUCUAAUUUGAUUCAGAGUAGACUUCGUCGCAAAUUUGACUUGACCUUUAUAAGCAUCACUAUUAAUCAGCGGUAUGACCAGCCACGCACCACACGCCACGCCCCACGCCUAGCAUUUAUUGUUCUGUUUUCACUAUAUCUUUGAAUGUAACCGUUACUUUCAGCAGUUGCCUGAUGAUUGCUUCGCAAGAAGCAUGAAACUCAGCUGAGUAGCAAUAAAUUUUCAAGACUUUAAUCCAGUUCCAUGAGUCUACUUGUCCUCUGAGUAAUAACGUAUGUGUUUCGGGUCGCUCUAUGUAAGGUAAUUCAAGACAGUCUAUCUUGGAUUCUGGAUUCCACCAUGUGGAUUCCGGAACCGAUUUCUUCGAGUGGAACUGGGAUUCCGGGUUUUAAUCGUUAGCCGAAUUUCGGAUUCCUUGAGCUUAAUUCCGGAUUCCAAAGCCCAGGAACAAGCAAAAAAAUCCAGGAUUCUAGAAUCCGGAACACCUUACAUGUGGUAAUUUAAGGAUUUGAAAGAGCAUUAUGUUAGAGCUUUUUUCUCAGUUCGCCUUCCCAGUGUUGGUGCACUGCUUCUAGCAUACGGCUAUUUUUUUUUCCAUUCAGACACUAUAAUGGAUAUACUGAACUGCCCCGACGCUCGACGUUCCAUUCUCGCUUAUUACCAAAAAAGUGGUGAGCCACAGGCUGUCCAAGAAGCUAUCAUGACCUCCCUGCGCAAACAAACCAACACCAAUAAACGAAAAAGAAGAUUCAGAAAGAAUAGGUGAGUGAUUUAAGUGUCGAUAAUCUCAUCAAAGAGAACUUACAUAGCUUAUACAGUUAAGGUGGCUGAACACAGUUUUCGCAGUUUGUCAGUAUAUGUCAUUUGCCAGAUCAUGGAAAGAGAAAGGUUGCAGCUCAGAAGCUGAAACUUGGCAAGUGAAAAAUAUACUGAUGAAACAUUUUGAUUGACAGGUAAAAUCUUUCCAUGGCAACAUGACAGUUUGAAUACAACUUUAAAAUUUCACUUUUGCUGAGUUUACAUAAAAUUUGCUCAUUAGAUUUUCCGAUAAACGUGCACACAGCUUACUAUUAUUAAUCAUUACCACUUGAAACUUAUUUGACCAAAUUUUAACAGACGGGUUUUUAGAUAAUCAAUGAAAUAAUUGUACUGUAAUUAUUAAUGUGUCACAAAAACCGUCUGUUUAACUUCCAUUUUAGAGUUCUCAUUAUUUAAAAUACGAAAAAAGCAAAAAUUCUGCCAAAUAUCACAAAAUUUUAAUGGGUAGUUUUUGAGAAAUCGUCUACUGUGUAUCAUUGCUUUUUUCGCUGCCAUGUUUGUUUGUCUAAUUUAAAACACGUCCCGUCACGCGAUUUACCGCUGACCGCCCACAAAACUGUGUUCAGCCACCUAAACUGAACGGCUCCUGAAGUUAGGGAAGCCUGCGACGCUUUUCUUCUUUUUGUAAACUGUCGGAGAAUGUACUUCAAAAAUUAAAAAUUGAAAGCAGAGACCUUUAGAUUCGAGGACGAGGACGACUACGAGUACGAGAUUUGACUUGAAGUUUUUUCGGGUAUUCUCGAAUUAUAAACACCCCGGAAAGCUUCAUUUUUCCAUUUUUCACUAGAAAAGUUAGAACUGUUACCUUUAUUGAAGGACAUUGAAAAUUAAUCAAAGAAACAAACUUGGAACACUUAAAAAGCCCAUGUUCAGUUUAUUUGAUGUGAUUAUGUUUAAAAAGUAGUGGGAUAAUAGAGCGAAAUAUUUAGUGCACGACUUCCAGUGAGCAAUAUUUGAAAUAGUCGCCUCCCUCGAAUAAUCGGCUCCUUUUGGUGCGAAAUAAUUAAUAAUUCGAGGAAAUACGGUACAGCCCAAAAAAGGCUCAUCAUCAACUGUACGCUAUUCCCCAUUUCCCUCCCUUACAACUCAACGUUUCAUAAUACAAUUUUCGGUUGUAGUUGUUGUUGUUGAUAUUAUUAUUUUCUUAACAGCUCUUUUUUCUUUGUUCGAGUUUCAUUUUCAAAAACGAAUGAAAUAUUCUUUUUUGUUGAUUGCUCUAGGGAUGUAGGCGGAGGGACAUUCAACAGAGUCUUCGUUCUUGAAGCUCGAACGUCGGAGAGACAGUCGUUAGGCCAGAUGCUAUAUUUUCCAUUUAUAUUCUUAGUAUUUGGAUUUGUAACAGGUAAUUGAGGGCCCCCAAUAGGGUUCUUCAAUCCCGUAAUCCAGACCCAAAAUUUCGUGCAAUUACGUAAUCCCGAGGGAUAUUUUUAGCCUCCCAUUUUCCACACAUACUUUCACUUCCGAAUAUCUCCCCGAUUUUACUCUAAAAUCCCGAAUCCCAAACUUCAAACAAGGGAAACCCAGGAUUCCGAAAACUUAAUGGGGACCUUCGUAAUUCACUUAGCCGGAAAGCAAAAAAAAAGGAUGCUUCUUGCAAAUAGCAAUAAUCACAUAUCAGAACCUGACUCGUCCCGGAGUUGUCUCUCACAACCUCUUCCUAGUGGCGCGAGGGGUGUGAUGGGAAGGCGGAAUGCAAUGGUCAGGUGGUUCCCUUCCCAUCACCCCCUGCUACUGCCGUGCUCGUUACGCGCGAAGACGACUGGGGACGAGUCAGUAUCCCAACUGAAUUUUAUUUUUUUAAUUUUUUUACAGGAACUGUUUAUUUCCGAGCUGAAGAAAAAGAUGGAAUUUUACUGAUGUCCGCUUUCUGUGUGUAUUGCUGUGCCAGUCCACUGUUCCUGAGCUCUGUUUUAAUGGCGCACCUCAAUAAAGUUUUAGAUGUAAGUGAAGCCUCAUCAACCAAUCCAGAAGCGACGCGAAGCACUACCCGUUGCUAUGUGACGUCACACUGGCACGAGGAAUGGGUCAAUAAACGUAAUUGGAAAACAAUAGAGUCGGCUCCCUCCUGAACCAAUCUUACAUAUUUGUUUUGGGACUUAUUUUCCUUCUCUUUUAAUUUACGAUGGCCCAGGAACAAAAGUCUUUACUUUCCUUUAUCCUUUUUUUCCUUGAUUUUUCUCCUUGGUUUCCGUCCCUUAAUCUUGCCAUCUUUUUUCCAUGCUGUACCAUCUUCCAACCCAUCCCUCUGAUCUCUCACCCGUCCAUCUAUCCAUUUUCCACGUACAUCUCCUACGCAUUCAUUCAUCCAUUCAUCGACACCGACAUCCAUUUUUCACCCACUCAUCCACCUAUCUAGUUAGCCAGCCAUCAAUUUCCCAUUAAUGUAUUCAUUAGCCAUCCAUCCAUCGUUCAAUCAGUCUAUUCAUUCUUCUAUCUACCCAUCCAUUCAUUUAGCUUAAGUAAUAUUCCCAUUUUUCUUUCCCUUUCCUUUCUCUGCCUAUUUCUUCUUUAUCUAAAUGCCUCCUUCCAUCCAAUUUUUCUCUCUUCUAAUAACCCGAUGUCUUCCCCUACGUUCUUCCUUUUCUGUUAAAACUCCCUAAGCAAAUAGACCAACUAACUAUGAUACAAAAAAAUAUCUUGCCUUUCACAAAAUACGUAAUCAGUUCUUAUGAUUGAAUUGCAGAUAUUUCGUCUUGAGCGUGCAGAUGGUUGUGGUCGAUCCUACGAGAACGUCAUUCAAACUUACUUGAGAAUUUCUGCUCUGUGCACACUUCCUGUGAUCAUUUGUUCUGUCAUGACAUAUUUUACGGUAUGUCAAAAAACUACCAAAAAAUACUGUCACCAAGGGUUGAUUUCCACUGACGCGUUUUUGGCUACGCACGUUAACGCACAUAAAUUUUAUUGAGGUAAAUAAAUAGAGGCAAGAUAAAAAGUGCUGAGCUCAAACGAGAAGUUGAGCCAGGUUCAACUUUUACGCUUACAAGCGACCUUUCAUGCAUUGCCUCUAUUUUUUUGCGAACGUACAUUUUACGCACGUACCCACGUAAAAAUUACGCGACACUGGAAACAAACCUUAAGACUCUUUUUGUUCAUUUCAAGACAUUCUGAAAAGAAAAAGCGAGUCAGUUUGGUUUUUUUUUGGAAAUUUGCUAACAUGGGUUUGAACAUUGUCUUUUCGUAGGUGAUGACAUCAUACGAUUUGUGGAAGUUCACACAGGUGACAAUAAUUUCACUUGUUUUAAAUCAAACAUGGAUUGCUAUUUACAUGAUGGUUAUUUGUGCGCAGCCGCGGAUCGCUCAUCGUAUCUGUCCAAUGGUGUCAGCCACUGCUGGCUUUGCAGGAGGCUUUUUAGUUCCUAGGCCCUUGAUGCCACCUGGGUAAGAUGAUGCUUUAGGUAGAUGACGUGUUCCAUAUACUUCAUAAUGUUCUCUUACAUGUCAUCAUGUGCUGAUCGUAGAGAAGGAUUUUUUAUCUCCGAGAUAACUCUUCAAAUAUUUAAAUACAGUAGCUGUUUCUCAAUAGGAUACUUAAAGUAGGCGCGAUUCCACGAUUGACUUCGGAUUCAGUGAAUCCUAUGGACCAAAAAAAUAUAUUGGAAUACAUAAAACUAGAUAAAAUACACGUCGUCUGAUGAAAUAAGAAACUUGUGCGCACACCUGUAUCCCAGUGGAAAGCAAGAACUAAGGAACUAAGGGUAUAAAGAUGAUAUAGUGAGUUUCGUACGACCUUGCAAUGAAAACUCGCGAACAAAACAGAAAAAACAAACGAAAAGAAACAGAGUGUUUUGAUUGGUUUAUCGAAUGGAUACAAAUGCGCGUGGCUUUUAGUUUGUUAAGCGAACGCUCAGGUGCAAAAACUUCAUACCCGAGAACUUUCUAGAAAUCAACCGACAGUUCGCUAUGACGUCAUACUGCAACACGAUUGACCAACCGUUGCCCAUCGUCUCCAUUUUAUUCCACUAAUGCUAUAAACGUCGACACGAACUGCCUGGAUUUAAAUCCUCACUGUUCAAGUUUCUCUCCAAAUCAAAACACGAUCCGCUAUGAAUGACUCACUGAGAUUUUUUUUUCAAGGUACAAUCUGCUGUUCUUCAUAAACCCUCAGUUUUAUGGGUAUGCAGCUAUCACUAAAGUUUUAUUAAAGAAUAAUCGUCUGAAAUGCCAAUACGAGUCCACUUUAAACUGUAUCAGUACAGAAGGAAACGCUGUAUUGUCUAGAUUUGGAUUCCAUGAUGUUAACAUCUAUGAACAUCUGGCGGUAAGUUAAAAUAUAAUUAACUCCAGGAUGACUCUCAUAAUAUGAAAGAGACGGGAAAAUAGAAUACAUGUAGCGUUAGAACUAAAACGCUAAGGGAGGUUAAUUUGGGGGGGGGGCUCAGACUCUUACAGUAGUCUAUGCUUCAACAUAGCUCUAACCAAUGAAAUGCAAUUUCUACCCCUUAUUUUUUUGUAUUUUCAAUUUAUUUGAUUUUUUUUUUCACGCGAAUCACCUAUUUCACUUAUAUAAGAGCAUUAUAUUUUCAAAAUCUUGCCUUUUAGAUACUACUUGGAAUGACAGUUUUGUCACUACUUCUGGCAUGGUUCUUUCUUGAGUUAAAGUACAUCAUCAGGAAGCUCUUUUCCAGGAAGUAAGUUGCUCUUGGCCAUUAUUACAACUAAAAAGCAACAAACAUGGACUAAUCUGCUUGAGAAAAUUUGGCUUUGAUAGUGUAACAGUUAUUUCGCACCUCUACCCGCACAUAAUUGAACGAAGAAGGAAUUGAAACGAGUGGAUAGCUCAUUUAAAUGAUGAGUGUAGGACUAUGUUUCGUUAUUAUUUCGUUACUGCGCUUUUCAAAAACACGCGAAUUCUGAAGUUCAAAAGCCAACUGACGUUUGCGUUUUAGCGGACCUCUUAGGAAAAAGAACUUUACUUAGACGGGUUCAAAAGUUCAUGGUCUGUGGUCUUUGAUUGGUGGAUUUCGUUCCAUUUUAUGUGUCUCUGUGUCUCAAGGCUCGUUGCUUGUGAUCGUAAUUAUGAUUGACAGCAGCGAAAAACGCAAUUGCGAAGACGACUUUUGAACCUUUAGAGUUCGCGUUUUUGUGAAAAGCGUAGUAAAGACGUCAACCGUAAGUGUAAAUCAAGUUUUUUCUCUCAGCUCCUAAGCUUGAAGUACCUGUCUAUGAGUUCUAUCCUACCUCCCAUUAACCGCCGCCUGCCAGUUAGUUAAAUUAGCUAAGUGCUAGUCUGCAGAGGGGGAGGCCACUGUUUCAAAGCACGUCCGGAACAACACUUGGGCUUUUAAAAUAACUGAAGAGAAAGCGAUGCCCUUGUAAUGAAGUCUGUAAACGGUUAGACUUUCUAGUCAGGCUACCUGGUCCCGAGAAUCCCAAAAGUGUCUCGCGAGGACAGACAAAAGAUUUUGAGAAAACCAAGUACCUCAACCCUUUAAGCCCUAAGAGUGAUGAGCGUCAAAUUUCUCCUUGUAAUAUCAAUGCAUUAUAAAACAGAGUGGUCAUGAGAAUUAAGGACAUGAUCACACAAGAUGGAUCUAAUUGAUACUUCAACACAUUCCCCCCACUACUUCUUUGGAAAACGUAUAGGGAUAACAAAUGAGAACCUGAAUUUUGAUAUCAGGGUUUAAAGGGUUAAAUUUGUUUGUUCUCUUUCUCCUUAGGUCAUCAAUAUUUUCAAAAGAUGAGAGGUUCGAGUGUCCCAAGGAAAAUCUGCACGGCCGGGAAGGGCGGCGAAAAUCGACAUUGCAUGUUAUAUCAGAAAAUGAUGGCUUGCACAGUGUUAGGGUUCAAGGCAGGGAAGAAGCCCAGAAAAGUAGAAGGCCAGGUUCCAGAAAAGAGCGAUGGCAGAGCACUCGAAAAAGGCUGACAGAAAGAAAGCAAAGUUUAGCAGAACAACAAGAAAUAAUACAAAACAAGUGGGAUCACUUUCUAAGAUGUAGGAGUUCCAGUCUCCCACCCGAUGCUGAUCAAAGUAAAAUUCAGGAAACUGCGUUUAGACGCCGUAUUCAUUCUGAGGGAAAUCUCCGAGUGCAUUUACCAGAUCCAAUAAAGGAGUCUCCGUUUGAAGAUGACCCCGACCGAAACAAAGUAAGAAUUCAAGAAUCUUCGUUUAGGCGCAUUCAUAGUGAAGAAAACGUCCGAUUAAGUAUUCACACCCCAAAAAAAGAGCGUCCGUUUGAAGAUGAGCUGAAGGAAGAUGAAGUCUUUCAAGAGGGUAUGCAAUUAAGCCCUGUUAUGGCCCUUGAAGUUAGAGGAAACAAGCAGGAAGUUAUUACAGAUAACCGCAAUCAAGGCAGUAACGGAGAGGAAACGGUUUUAUGGAUUAAGUUCGACGACGGCGGAGCAAAGGAACGCCCGGAAUCCACCUCAAGUUUAGAAACAACAUUCUAA